AUGUCUGCCAGUCCCGACAUAGAGAAGAAGCUUCCCGUGGACACUACCUAUCAGGUCAAGGAUGAAGCAAUCGAAGCCGGAUCCGCCAGCCAAGUCAUCUACAUUGACCCCGAGAAAGAGAAGGCUGCUUUCAAGAAAUUUGACCGAUAUGUCAUCCCCGCCUCCUUUGUAUUUAUGGUCCUUUGCGCCUUAGACCGAAACAAUUUGGGGAAUGCUCGUGUCUUUGGCUUCGACGAGGACAUUGGUCUCCAUGGUCGCCAAUUCGGCAACAUCAACACCUUCUCCAGCCUGACCACCAUGCUCUUCGAAAUCCCCUGGGUUCUGGCCGUCAGGCGAUUUGGGGCCAACAAGGCCCUGGGGACUGCAUUUUGCAUCUGGAGCGCCUCCACCUUGGGCACCGCCUUUGUCCAGAACUACGCCCAAGCCGUCGUUUGCCGCAUGCUCGUGAACGCCGCGGGAGGCGGUCUCGAGCAGGGGUUCGCGUACCUCUUUUCCACCAUCUACCCGCGGCACCUGGUAGGCAAGCGCAUCAUCACGAAUAACUUGGCAAUGUGUGUCUCGGGGGCGUUUGGCGGGCUCUUCGCGUGGGCCAUCCAGCAGAUGGGGACGCAACGGGGGUUGGCGGCGUGGCGAUGGCUAUUCAUCGUCGAGUUCGGCAUCACGAUUGUCGUCGGAGGGACGUGCUGGGUCUUUCUUCCCCAGUCGGCCGAGUCGGCUUGGUUCCUGAAUGCCGACGAGAAGGAAGUCAUGCGGCUGCGGAAGGAGCGCGACGCGAUGUUUCGAGGCGCCGGAAAGUUCGACCGCAGGUGGAUUCGGAUUGCGCUCCUCGAACCUUUCGUCUACCUCCUUGGUAUUGCCUUUUUUACGUCUUCCGUGGCUAUCAACGGGUUCAAUGUCUUCUUGCCGACUAUCCUCGCUGGUCUUGGGUAUGCUGACCUACACGUCAAUUACAUGACCAUUCCGGUAUACAUCCUUGGAGCCUCCUCCCUCGUUACUGUCGUCUACUUCUCGGACAGAUUCAAGCGUCGUGGGGUAUUCAUUAUGGGAUGCUGCGUUCCCGUUGUGGUCGGAUACCUCAUUGCCGUCGGGACUGCCAAUGCGCACGCUGGCUAUGCGGCCAUGUUCAUCCUUGUUCUAGGAAUCUAUCCCAUCUCGACCCUCGCCGUCACCUGGGCAGCUGGCACCCUGGCACCAGACGACAAACGCGCCUUUGGCAUGCCCCUCGCCAGCUCGAUUGGAAACCUCUCGAAUUUUGUCUCGUCCCAACUCUAUCCAACGCAGCAGGGCCCACGGUACAUUCAGGGUAAUGCUGUUUCGGCCGGCCUGACUGUUGUGGCUGCGUUCCUUUAUGGCUCCUGCUGGCUUUUGUUGAGGACCAGGAACAAGAGGAAGGAGAAGCUGAUUGCCGAGGGGGCUACCACGAACGGCCUCGAGGGGGACCAGGGUCUUGACCACAAUGCCGGCCGUGACGACCACUGUCACGCCGCAUCUUCAGAUUCGGAGGUUCCUGCACAUGCGACCUACGACCACCACUUCGCACACUACGACGCCCUCGAAAACAACCACGACCUCACGGACGACGACGACGACGACGACAACCACGAAAACAACCACAUCUCGAUCGACCACCUCCACGACCUUGAGCACAACCCGGUCCUCGACCACCACCAGCGCGAAUGCAUGCACGGGAGCGUGCGCGACGUGGUCGAGCAUCAGCAAGGUGGCCGGCCAGGUCCUCGCGACCCUCUGCUCGUGUAUAGAAAAGCCUUCUACCGUAACUGUGACUCUCAGUGCAUCUUCCACGACGACGACGACGACGACGACGACGACGACAACGACUACGACGACAACUACAACUACAACAACUACAACAACAACCUCAACAAUACCGGUACCUCUCUACCCAUCUUGGACCCUCCGUUCUUAUUCCCUUGGAGCUAA